ACCUGUGGUGCUGGAAACAAGUCAGGAAGCAACCAGGGAGCUGGGAAACCAGAAGGCAACUCAUAAUACAAGACACUAAGCCUAUCCUCUGGAGAGAAGACUCUUCAGGGGUAGAAAUCAAGAGCCUGGAACAUGCUUUUCUCCUCCUAAGCAGCACUUUGAACAGGCUUUGCCCAUGCUGCCACCAUAAUAUCUGAGUGCCUCCCAGCCUCAUAGGCUGCCAUAGCGAGGUCCCUACUUGACCUCAUGGAGUCUUCUGCUCUCCUCCCUGCGCAGGUAUCGGGGAGCACCAGCCGGGAGUCUCCCAGGGCUCUCUUUAUUGCCCCGGGCACCAUCAUGUCGUGCUUCACACACCUAUGGCAUUCCAACACUGCGGAGUCUCCCACCAGCCCGGUCCCUGCCUCUCCAAAUGAAAUCCCCAUCCCCAUCAGCCCCAUUGUUGUCACCUCCCCAGGAGAUAGCAAGAGGAAGGUGAGAUCCCCAACCGACAAGCCUGGCUCUCCGAACCCAACCUCUCCAAAGCCAGCCUCUCCUGUUGAGUGUUCCAUUUGCUUCAACACCUAUGACAACACCUUCAAGACACCCAAACUGCUCCAAUGCUCCCAUGUGUUCUGCCUGGAAUGUGUGGCCCGUCUGAGCACGGGGCUGCCCCCGAACCAACCAGAGGACCAGCUCCCCUGCCCCUUCUGCAGGCAGUUGACCAGCAUCCCUCUGGAAGGUGCCCCAGCACUGGAAACCAGUAAGGAGCUCCUUGCCACACUGCCCCCCGAGCUCCAGCAGGAGAAGGUGCUGUGGAUGGAAGGGACCAAGCUGUGCUGCCGUCAGUCAUCCGACGACCCCGAGGAUCCAGACUCCUGUAUCUCCAUCGAUGUUGCCAUGAGCAAGCCAGAGAGCUCAGAGGCCCCCCCAACAGGGUUAGCAGGGAGGCUGUCCCGCUGUGACAUGUGUGAUGACUGGAAGCGCAUAGUCCUCCUCUCUGCCUUGAUCAUCAUCCUCUUCUGCAUCAUUCUGUGGCCGGUGCAGUGUGCCCUGAAGACUGGGAACCUCCGGUGCUUCACAAGGACUGUUGCCAUGAGCAGACCCGAGUAUCUUCCCCCUAAACACACCACGGCAGCGACCCCAGUGACACAACUCCCUUUCCAGUAGCAGCAAAGCAGCUCCUCGCUCCCACUAUGGAGGUGGGAACAGGGCUGCUGCUCCAACAGCAUUCCUUGGUCCUGGAAGACCUCAUGGCCCACUCCCCAUGCUCCAAAAUCCCUAUGGAAAGCAGAGCUCUGAGGGUUCCUGGGACUGUUUGCCCUCUGUGCCAUCCUCACUGGGUACCGGAUGACACUGGGUGCAAUUCCUCUAACUCCCUCAGGGAAUAAAGGGCUAUUUCUGCUGAUUGAAGGAUCUACAUGAUUAUUCCUAAGAGGAGCUGGGAUUGGGAGGGUAAAGACGUGUCAAAGGCAUAGAAACAGAUGAAAAUCAUCCUUAUGCCACCCGCUUGGAACAUUUCCCAUGUGUUAUUCCAUGUUGGGGGUGUAAAUGCUGCCUCCUGCUGACCAAACAUGGAUGUGCCACCGCUACCCAUCACCCUGAUGAGCUCGGGAAUGGAACAGAGAGCCCAUUCUACUUGCUUUCCCUUAAGAAGAUGCUUAAAAAUCCCUCAUUCCUACCUGGAAAGCAACUCUGAACACAGGGGGGGAGUUUUAGGCACUACACAUAGCAGUAUAACCCUCCCUCAAGGUAAUUCAUCAGCAAACUUCAUUCAUGCUUCUCACAGGCAAACUGCUGCCAACAGGACAGCUUUACCCUCCCAGUCAUCACAUGUGUCAGUGUUCAGACACAGGCCAGUUGCUUACACUAUAUCUGUACUCAAUGCAGUGAUCUGACAGUGAUCAGAGUCUUCAUGAUGAAGGCAACUUGCAGUUAUGUUUUCUAUUCCAGCACACGGAUGUAAGACAGUAUUGUAUGCCAGUACCAUACAUGUAUGUAUUAAAUUAUGUUUUAUACAA